GCGCGCUGUGUCGCUUCCCAGUAGAUUUUGUCUGCUUCCUUUUGUCAUUGCGUUUUGCGCAUACAAAGCUGAUUAUAAAUACAUAUUCCCCCAUCUCCGUCCCACUGCCUCUGAGGCCCCUGCCGUGCUAUGCGAAGUGUACAGCACACGCUGUUGGCUGCUGCGGCAUGCACGCUGCUGUGCGCAGCGGCCAACGUAGGCGCCGUCACCACCACGUCUUUUUACGAGCCGUACAUGAGCGUGUUGACCGCCAUCGGCGGCCUUCUCCUGGGCGCCAUUGUCGUGGUGCUCGUGAUGUGCUGCGGCUGGGAGGCCGCCACGGUGCGGCUGCAACCGCGUGAGCGGCGCAUGUGGGAGACGGCACCGCCUUCCGGACUGUCCGACGACGACGUCAAAGUGCUGGAGAAGCUGCACGACGAGGCCGACGCGGCGAGGAAGGAGAAAGCGAAGGGUGCUGCGUCAUCCGUGCCGCCGAGGAAUGGAAACAGCGCCGUCGCCCCGCCUGCGGCUGCGGGAAGGCGAUACACCAACGAGAGCCCCGGUGGUAGAGCCCCUGCUGUCAACCCGUAUACGUACACGGAGGAUGACGUCGUGGCGUUCAACAGCGCAUCACCUGGCCAAGUGCGGUUUAUGUAG